AUAGGCGUUGUUAGGUGUUAUAAUUGUUGCUACGUGCUACGUUGUUGUGUGGUUAUAAUAAAGUCUUGAUCUUUAUCAAUAUAUAAAAUCAUUUAGUGCUUUUUGAGUGUUGAUAAUAAAUUAUAUUAUAAAAUAAAUAAUAAUGAAUGAUUUUGAUCAGCCCCAGAUAUUUUUCUCGGAUAAUUUCUCAACGGAUGACACGCGAGAAGACCAGCUAAAACUCCAAUCAUUCAAGAAAAAAUAUAAAGAGUUCAUAAGACAAUUUCACGAGGGUAAUUUCAAUUACAAGUACCGAGAUUCUCUCAAACGUAAUUACAAUCUCGGUCAGUAUUGGUUGGCGAUAAAUCUUGAAGAUUUGGCGGCUUUUGAUGAGAGUUUAGCUGAGAAAAUUUAUAAACAACCAACCGAGUAUUUGCCAGUAUUUGAAGAGGCUGCCAAAGAUGUUGCCGAUGAAUUGACUGCCCCGAGACCCAGCGGUGAGGAGAAUGUUGAGGACAUUCAAAUUCUUUUGUCAUCAGAUGGGCAUGCAUCAGGACUUCGGGGUCUCAAGCCCGAUAUUGUCUCAAAACUCAUAAAAAUCCCAGGAAUAAUUGUUGCUGCCUCAGGCAUCAGAUCAAAGGCAACGAAAAUUGCAAUUCAGUGCAGAGCAUGCAGAACUAUUCAAAACAACAUUCCAAUUAAGCCUGGAUUAGAGGGAUAUGCUUUGCCUCGACAAUGCUCAACGGAGCAAGCAGGGAGAGCAAAAUGUCCUCUAGAUCCCUUCUUCGUGAUGCCCGAUCAAUGUCAAUGCGUUGAUUUUCAAGUUGUCAAACUUCAGGAACUUCCAGAUCAAAUUCCCCAAGGUGAAAUGCCAAGACACUUGCAAUUGUACUGUGAUCGUUAUCUCUGCGAUCGUGUUGUACCAGGAAAUCGAGUCCUCAUUCUCGGUAUAUAUUCGAUAAAGAAAGUGUCAGGAUCGGGGGGAAGACGGGCUGGAAAAGAGAAGGCAUUUGUUGGGGUUCGUGCACCCUAUAUAAGGGUCAUUGGUAUAUCUGUGGAUGGUGAUGAUAAUGGCAGCGGAACUCAUCCACCAUUGACCAAUGAAGAUGAGGAUGCCUUCAGGCGUUUAGCAGCUCAACCAGAUGUCUACGAUAAGAUAGCGAAAAGCAUUGCUCCAAGUAUAUUUGGGGCUUUAGAUAUAAAAAAGGCCAUUGCCUGUCUGCUAUUUGGAGGCUCGAGAAAGAGAAUGCCUGAUGGUCUAUGCAGAAGAGGUGAUAUAAAUGUUCUUCUUUUGGGUGAUCCAGGAACAGCAAAAUCUCAACUUCUCAAGUUUGUUGAAAGAGUAGCACCAAUUGGAAUUUAUACAUCUGGAAAAGGUAGUUCAGCUGCUGGGCUUACUGCUUCUGUAAUGCGUGAUCCAGUCAGUCGUAAUUAUGUUAUGGAGGGUGGAGCAAUGGUGUUAGCUGAUGGUGGAAUUGUUUGUAUCGAUGAGUUUGAUAAAAUGAAAGAGGACGACAGAGUAGCUAUUCAUGAAGCAAUGGAGCAACAAACCAUUUCUAUCGCUAAAGCUGGCAUUACUACAACACUAAAUACCAGAUGUUCAGUAUUAGCCGCUGCCAAUUCAAUUUUCGGAAGGUGGGACGACAUAAAGGGAGAAGAGAAUAUUGAUUUUAUGCCUACUAUUCUCUCUCGUUUUGAUAUGAUUUUUAUCGUUAAAGAUGAACACGAACAAAAUCGAGAUAUUACGUUGGCUAAACAUGUUAUGGGACUACAUACUAAUGCUGGACAAUUGACUGAACAAUUAUCAGAAGGUGAAUUGCCAUUGAAUGUUCUCAAGAAGUAUAUUCAUUACUGUAGAACUCGAUGUGGUCCACGAUUAAAUAAAGAAGCCGGGGAAAAAUUGAAAAAUCGUUACGUUAUGAUGCGCGCUGGGACCCAUGCACAUGAGAAAGAUACUGAGAAAAGGAUGUCAAUUCCUAUAACAGUUAGACAAUUGGAAGCAGUCAUUAGAAUAUCUGAAUCCCUUGCUAAAAUGCAUUUGGAAUCUUUUGCCACUCAAGUGCAUGUUGAUGAGGCCCUCAGACUCUUUCAAGUAUCGACACUUGAUGCUGCAAUGACUGGUUCACUCGCUGGAGCUGAGGGAUUCACAUCUGAGGAGGAUCACGAGAUUCUUGCACGAAUUGAGAAACAACUCAAACGCAGAUUUGCCGUUGGUACUCAAGUUUCAGAACAAAAUAUCGUCAGUGAUUUUCUCAAACAAAAAUAUCCAGAGAGAUCUAUUUACAAAGUCAUCUACACUAUGAUUCGUCGAGGUGAGUUGCAACAUCGGAUGCAGAGAAAAAUGCUCUACAGGAUGAUUUAAACAAUUUAUUAUUAUUAUUAUUUACUUUAAUUUCAUAUCUCAUUCUCUACUAUAUUUAUCAUUUUAUUUUAUUUUUAUUUUUAUUUUUUUUUAAUUAUUGCUUUUCUACGAUUCAUUGUAACUCAUCCUUGAAGGGAUAUAACGGAUGUUUCUCUACCCUGUAAAUCAACAGGACAUUAUUAAAUUUUCCAUUAAUACUA